AUGAAUUCCAAACAUUACACUACAGUCGGAGGAAAGAGAAGGAAGCAUCGCGAUCCGGAUGUGCCUCAAGCCUUCAUCCCGGAAUUAGCUUGGUUUAAAGUGAUGUUAUACGUGGCAACCAACUCAUCGGAAGAUCUCUUUCGUAUGGCGUGUGUGUGCCGAUUGUUCAAUACGUUGGCAAACACUCCCAAGUGUGGAACACAAUUUCAAUGGAAAAGUACCGAGACCAUCCUAACUGGUACUAUGCCCGCAGAGCAGGUCCGGCAUUUCGUGGACCAAUGCAGGGCUUGCCAGAACCCUGAGGCGAUAUUUAGAGAAGCGUUCGACAUGUUUUUCAGGCAGGGUAAUGUGGAAGCAUUGUCUGGGAUGCGCGUUGCAGCCACGGCAGGCCAUAUGGAAGCGUCAUAUCUAGUUGGACUACUUGGCAUGUCCGGAAUUGGUCAGUCAAAAGAGGAUGCAUUGGAAUUCUUGUGUGUUCUUUGA